GGUAAGAAAUGGAGCAGUCUGUGUUUAGCAAUGUCCGGUGCGAGUGCGGCGUUGCGCGGUUUCAAUAUCACAUUCCAAACCCAACAACACUUUUGUUCCUUCCAUUUCCUCUUAAAACCUAUAGAUACAUACAUACACACGCCGCGAAUUUAGGUUUCAAAGAAGCAUAAAUGGCAUCGGUGCCGGUGGAGGCAGAGGCUGAGCGUACGCUUAAUCUCCAACCUCCCGAAACUAAGCUGAAGGCUCGACGAUUGAAAGGUCACAAAGACAGCGUUAAUUGCUGCAUUGCCUCUCCUCAAAACCCUCGCAUCAUCGUCACUUCCGGCGAGGAUGGUCGUGUUUGCUGGUUUGAUUUACGAUGCAAUGACGAACCGCAGAUCGCUAUGGAUGUUAGCGACGACCCAAUUCUUUCCUUGUGUUUUAAGUCAGGGAAUGAAGAUAAUAUCUAUGUCUCGUCAGGAAAGGAAAUCAAAUGUUUUGAUGUGCGUCUGGCCACCACUAAAUGGGAGCCACUGGAGAAUUAUAAUUAUAACAAAGAGGAGAUAAACAAGGUUACAUGCAACUCAAAGUCCUCAUUUCUUGCUGCAGCAGAUGAUAGUGGCGAGGUGAAGAUAAUUGACAUCAGGCAGCACUGCCUUUACAAAACAUUACGAGCCGAAACUGGUCAUACAAGUAUAUGUAGCACUGUGGAAUUCCUUCCUUGGAGAUCUUGGGAAGUAAUUAGUGGAGGUCUUGAUUCAACGCUUGUGCUGUGGGAAUUCUCCAAAGCGCGCCCCUACAAAGUACUUAAUUUUGGUAAUGUGAGUAAUAGCGGUGCUGGGCAGUGUUUCAAUCCUUCCUUGAUUCAUGCAAUAGCUGUCCCCGAAAUCGACAUGGUAGAUAAAUUAGGCAAGAUAUGUGCUGUUGCAGGGGGUGAUGUUAUCAAUGUGAUUGAUAUUGAAUCAGAAAUCGCUGCUGUAAGGUCAAAAAGCUCUUCGAAUACACGAAAAGGAUCACAAUCAAGAUUAAAAGGUGGUAGUUCGUCUAACAAUACAGAUGCAGAUGAUAAUGUAAAAAAGAGAUUGCAGUUUGAUUACACUAUAGGUGGUCAUACUUCAGCUGUUUCUAGCCUGGCAUUUUCGAUGUUUGGGGAAAGAGGGAAAUUCUUAAUAUCUGGGGGAAACGAUAAGUUGGUGAAGGUAUGGAAUUGGUCCAGAUAUACUGAUGCUGGGUCAAGUGACGGCAACAAUGAUAUCCUACAUUUGAACAUUGGUGUACCCCAAAAGGUCAAUUGGCUAUGUACCACCUCAGCUGAUACAGACAACCUUGUUGUGUGUGACACAUCUAAAACCGUAAAGGUCCAUUCUUUAACAUAGUUUCAAGCUGAGAGUAAUCAAAACGUUUUUAUGUUGUACUUGAGAGAUCAUGCUCAACAACUUAAAAGCACAUGGGGUUUUAGUCUAGAUAUACCUGCUUAAAUUGAAGAGCAUUAGUCAAUUAUUAUUAUUAUUAUUUUUUUAUUUAUUUUUUUUAUUAAUGUAGCACCACAAUUUUGAAGGUUUUAUGUGUGUUUUGAUGCACCAUGAAACGAUUUUAAUGUUAUAUGUAGGUCUUUCAUGAA